CGCGUUUUUGGUCCAAGCAGGAGGAGCGGAGAGAGAGGCCUGCGUGCGAAGCGGAGUCGAUUAUCACAGCUCUUAAUUAUAGCGAGACUGCUGGCUGCAAAUUUGCGCGACGCCGUGGGUAGCGCCGCUGCUACACCGAUUGGACAUACCGCAAGCGAGGCACCAAUUCGCCGCCGCGGCGCACGGCGCGGCUCCCCAGCGCGACGCUGCCGUAGCACGUACCGGUCGCGACACACAGCGAACGAUUAGCGAGACGAAACGCCGCCCCAAGAGUACAGGAAGGAAAACGACUCGGACCCGACCGCGACGCCCGCCCCGCCGCAGGCCGCCCGGAGAGAGCAGAAGAGAAGAGAGAGCAGCGCCCCUCAAAAAAGAUGAGCGGCCUUAUCCCGCACAUCAAGACGACGCCCUACGACAAGCGUUUUCCCAGCACGAACCAGGCGAGCCACUGCUGGAACCGCUACAACGAGUACGUCAUGUGCCUCAAGAAGACGGAGUCCGACGAGGACGCCUGCAAGCCCAUGCGCCAGCUGGCCCUCUCCAUCUGCCCCGACGACUGGUGGAACAAGUGGGACGAGGAGCGCGAGGAGGGCACGUUCUCCGGCGUGAAGAUGACGGACGCGGCGGCGACGUCUGGCCACUAG